AUGAGGUUAGAGGUAGGAGAUAUUGAAGAGGAUGAUGGAAAAGUUGAAGCAAUUGGAAUUGAGAACUUAAUGAAUCGUAAGGAUGAGUACAUCUAGUGGUACAAUAAAACCAUAUUUUCGAUUUUACCCACCUAACACCAGUGAGACUCCUUAUCUAGAGAUAAUUUAACGAAUCGUUACUCAACUACAAUUUAUUCGAUAUAGAGACUUGGAAAAGAAUGAUUUCUGUUUGGUAUAAAGGCUCAUUCCCAUAAAUAAAAUUGUGCCGAAAAUGGAGAGAGUGGAAGACGUGAGAUCAAUUAUGUCCAGAGACACCUGA